ACAUGUUCGUAAUUCAAGAGUCGGAGAUACCGAAUUAGACAUCGUUUUCUCUCGUUCCGUUAAGAUCUCCGAUAGUAAAUAUAAGGAACCACUCAUCGUUGUUGCGCAAUCUUGUCCUUUAAGGUACUAUGGCUGCCCAAGAAAAGAACCCAGCUGAGCUUGAAAAGGCCACUGCUUUAGCUCAUGUACCAAGGUCCGAAGAAUUUGACAAGAUGAUCUCUGGGAUGCUCUAUGAUGCCCAUGAUCCCGAGCUGACGAAAAUACGCUUCAACGCUCGGAGAUGGAUGCACAAGUAUAACAACUACUUCCCUGAUGACCCGGAAGCGGACUUCGAAUCCUUAACGGAAGUUCGGAAGAAUAUGCUUAAGCAGUUCUUGGGCCAUGUUGGAGAUGGCGUUUUUAUUGAGCCAUCGUUCGCCGUGGACUACGGAUGCAACAUUCGCCUUGGGGAUCGAUUCUAUUCUAACUUCAAUCUGACCAUUUUGGAUUGCGCGCUUGUCACCAUAGGCGAUCGUGUUAUGUUCGGCCCGAACGUGUCGAUUCUAACGGCUACUCACGAAACUGAGGUGCAAAGUCGUAGGGACGAUAUCGAGUAUGCCAAACCCAUAACUAUCGAAGACGACUGUUGGAUAGGUGGUAAUGUCGUGAUCUUGCCUGGUGUCGUAAUUGGCCAGGGGUGCACUAUUGCCGCUAGCUCUGUGGUAACGAAGAAUAUUCCAGCAUGGAGUGUCGCGAUGGGUGCGCCUGCACGGGUUGUGAAAAAGGUGACUCCUCUUGAAGCUCAUAAUUAAGGGGCUUUAGCUGGUCCUAUAGUAUUUUUUGUGUGCCUAAGUAGCCUAGAAGGUAUCUAAAUAGAUUUGGCAACAGACAUCAUUUUAUAUUUCUCCUA